CUAAGGAAGGGACUCCUCCCAGCUGAGGAGUUGAUUAGACGCAGCCUCGGAGUUGGCAGGAGCCUUAGAGACUGCCUGAGGCAGUCCAGAAAGCUGGCUGAGGAGCUUGGGAGCAAGAGACUAAAACCAGCCAAGUUUGGGACAGAAGGGAAGGAAAGGGUUGAGCAGUGAACAGAAAGACAAAGAACAGGCAGUUCCAAAGAGCCAAGAAUGCAAAUCAUUUGCAGACGCCGCUGGUGAGAGCCUCCACCAAGGCUGCUGUGGGGGUGCCUGACGCUGUGGGCACAGCCACUUCUACACGUCAUGGUGAGCGUGAGCCCAUGUGUGUGA